CUCAGCUCAGAUCACGUCGUGCGAUCUGCUAUCCCAGAGGAAGCUCAGCUCAGUUUGUCUGCUUCUUGACUGCCGACACAUCCUCCACACCCUCUCACUCUCCCCGAUUGACCCAGUCAGCCCUCAGCCCCAUCCCCUCCACCAUGGAUCCCUAUGACAGCGACUCCUCCGGCUCCGAAGAUGAGGGGGAUACCGGUGUUCUUCUGGGCUACGCUGCCGACGAGAUGAUCGAAGACACAAUCAGUCAUCUGGGAGGCUGGCCGACCUGGCUCGACGACGCUACCCCGCCUCCGGGCGACUUCGCCAAAUGCAAAGUCUGCAACCAACCCAUGCUCCUCCUCAUCGAACUGCACGGCGACCUCCCCGAUGACUUCCCCCACGACGAAAGACGGCUCUACAUCCUCUCGUGUCCGAGAAAGGCCUGCAAUCGCAAGCCAGGCAGUAUCCGGGCUCUGCGCGCCACCAGAAAAUUGAAGGUUGAAAAGCCCCGCCCCAAGAAGGAGGAAAAGCAACCGCAAGAAGUAGCAGAGGAGAAGAAGGAGGAGGAGGAGAAGAACGACCCUCCGGCCCCCAAGCAGGAUCUUGGAGCCAGUCUAUUCGGUUCGUCCACUCUCACCGGCAGUGUCUCCGCCAGCGCGAACCCCUUCUCUUCGUCCCCCGCCGCGCAAUCCAACAACGCCAACCCAUUUGCCAACCCAUUUGCGGCCCCUGCCCCCUCCCCGGGUCUCGCAGCCAAACCCACCCCAACAGCCACCCCAACAGCCACCCCAACAACAACAACAACAACAACAACAACAACAACAGCUAACACCCUCUCCGAAUCCUUCGCCGACAAAGUCCGGGUCUCCUCCCCCCCACCCUCCACCGCAAACCUCAACCUCCUCCCACCCCCCGAAGCCGCCAGCGGGCCCUCCGCGCCCUGGCCCGCGCAAUCCGAUUUCCCAGCCCCGUACACCCAAUUCUUCCUCGACGCCGAAUAUGAGCAGCUCUCGCGGCCCUCGACCCCGACGAUCCCGGAUAACGUCACCAUCGACAACACGGAAGAGGAGGGCCCCGGCGGCUCAUCCAGAGGAGGAGAGCUGAAGGAUACAUUCGAAUCCGACCUCGACAAGGCCUUCAUCCGCUUCUCCACCCGUCUCGGUCAGAACCCCGAACAAGUCUUGCGCUACCAGUUCCGCGGCUCCCCGCUCCUCUACUCCUUUACCGACCCCGUCGGGAAACGCCUCCACGACAAGUCCCCUGCUGCUGCUGCGCGCGGCGUCUCAACCGUCGCCGUCGGAAACCCCAGCCGUAUCCCCCGCUGCGAAUACUGCGGUAGCGAGCGCGUGUUCGAGUUCCAGCUCGUGCCCCACGCCAUCAGUGUGCUGGAGGAGGGGCGCGAGGACGUCGGCCUCGCCAAGGAUGAUGCCGGUAUGGAGUGGGGGACUAUCAUCCUGGGGGUCUGCGCCAAGGAUUGCGGUCCCAAGGAGGUCGGUGUCGUCGGCUACCGUGAGGAAUGGGCCGGCGUGCAGUGGGAGGAGGCGGCGAAAUAGCCUGGACGUCCGACUGGUUUGGUUUUACGCUUCGCUAUGAUGUUGAUGUUGAUGUUGAUGACCAUAUACAUACAUGCAUAGACACCUGUUGGGUUUAGUUUGCGAGAAAAGUAC